UUAUACAAAAUGCCAAAAGUUAUUUCUAACUUAAGUAAACGUCAAUUAAGACGCAAAAUUAAUCAACGAGUGACUAAAGUUUUACAUUGUAUGCGAUACAAUCAAGCACAUCAAGUCGUCAAUUCCCAAGUUUCUUUCAAUUCACCGUCCCCAUGUGAAGUGUACAAUAAUUUUGAAACCAUUAGUGAAUCUUCAAGAUGUAAAAGAGCAAACGAACUUUACGAUUCAAGUGAUAUUUUAAGCGGAAGUGAGGUAGACAAUCUUAAAGAACGUUUAAAAAUAUGGUCCGUUACUAAUAAUAUUUCACAAAUUGCCACGAGUGAAUUACUUAAAUUGUUACAAGCUCAUAAAUGUUUUGAGAAUUUUCCACUUGAUUCAAGAGCUUUACUAAAAACAGUAAGAAGUUUCAAAUAUCGCACAGUCAAGCCAGGAAAGUACGUUCAUCUGGGAUUUGACAUCGGAUUGCAAACAGUGAUUCAGAAACUUAAUUUUAUUCCCGACGAGAUUGGAGUAUUGAUAAAUAUUGAUGGUAUUCCUGUCUCUAAAAGUAGCAAAAGUGAAUUUUGGCCGAUUCUAUGUUGUUUAGAGUCGGGUGAUGCAGCUAAGAAACCAUUUUGUGUGGGAGUGUAUCAUGGGGGAGGAAAACCAGAGGAUCAAAACGACUUUCUGAAAGAUUUUGUGGCUGAGGUCAAAGCAUUAGAGCGACAUGGUUAUUCCUAUCAUGGGGUAGUUAUCAAAUUUAAAGUGAAAGGAUUUAUUUGUGACGCUCCGGCUCGUGCAUUCAUAACUUGCACAAAAUAUCAUUCUGGAUUUUCGUCGUGCAGUAAGUGUACCCAAACCGGCGAAAGGUAUGAAAAUCGGGUUGUAUUUUCAAGCAAAGUCGUCACGAAACGAAGUCAACAAAGUUUUCUGCAACAAAAUGAUGAAGACCAUCAUCGCGGAACUACAAUUUUAACUGAAAUUAACGUGGACUUGGUGAAUGAUGUCCCUUUUGAGUUUAUGCAUUUAAUUUGCAUCGGUGUUGUCAGGAAAUUGUUGAAUUUGUGGGUAAACGGCAAGCCAAAAUACAUGAAAUUCAGCGGACUUACUAUUACUAAUUUAUCACGGGAUCUUGUUAAGCAAAGAUUUAACUCCUGGCGAUUUCAAUAGGAAACCAAGAUCGUUGGUUGAACUUCCUCGAUGGAAAGCAACUGAAUUCCGUCAGUUUGUACUUUAUACGGGGCCGGUGGUUUUACAGGACAAAAUUCCACAAACUUACUUGAAUCACUUCAAUUCUUUGCAUCUCGCAGUAUUUAUUUUAUCAAAUAAUGACUUAAUCAGAAAACAUGGAAGUUAUGCUAACACUUUGCUGAAGUAUUUUGUUGAGCAAUUUUCAUCAUUAUAUGGAAAAGAAAACAUAUCAUACAAUGUGCAUGGACUUUUACAUGUGUGUGACGAUGUGAAAGUAUUUGGGAACUUAAAUAAUUACAGUGCAUUUCCAUUUGAAAAUUAUCUGGGGCAAUUAAAAAAUCUCAUCAAGGGGGGAAAUAGGAAAUAGGAAAGUAAUAGGACCGCUCGCUCAAGUCUGCCGUCGACUCUCCGAGCGGGACAAAAUUCACUCAAGCCCAACAACGGAGGAAGCAUGCCAUACUGCAGGUCCACUCUUAGAAGACUUAAAUUCUCCUCAAUUUAAUAAAUACUAUUUAAAAUCCUCUUUCCUUACGUCUGAUAACCGAAAUUGUUAUUGCAAAUUACGAACUGGAGAAAUUAUAAAAGUUUUCAAUUUUGCUACUAGAAAAAGUGAUAAAAAGUUGUGUGUGAUUGGAAAACCUUGCUGUGAAUUAAGUGCACUCUAUUCUAUUCCUUUUGAUUCCAGAGAAUUUGGGAUUUACAAAUUCAAAACUCUGGGGGAAUUAGAUUAUUGGGAGACAACAGAAAUUUUGCAUAAAUUAAUCGCGGUAGCUGCUAACGACUCUUCUAUUGCUGUCUUUCCUCUUCAUCAAUAAAAAUGGAAUUCGCCGUGGUGGAAUUUAUGGUGACUAAAGAAGUUGCGACAGUGCCACUGACCUGGAUAUCUGAAAAUGAAGAGGAAACCUGGUGGCCCCCAUACAAAACUAACGAUCGUAUUUUAAAAGCAGUGAAAAUUAAAGAGGGGGUGAAUCCAAUGUCAUGGGCGAAGCACAUUAUUCGGGUCAUUAAAUUAUAUAGAACUUUCGCCACAGCUGUGGAAAAUGAGAAGAAAGCUGUGUACACUUCAAACCUGGAGUCGGAGGCAGAGUCUUCGGAGAAGAAAAAAGGAAAUCGUCCAAGGCGAAAAACAACAAAAUACAACCGUGAUUCUGACACUAGCGAAGAAAAUCAUCGUCCUGUCACCUCGAGAAAAAUUAUUCCAUGUCCGCCACAGCCUAAUCUUUCACCGGUGUCGUCGUCCGAGCCAUCUCCGCCUCCAAGGACAUCAACUCCGACACAGUACUUUUCUCUGGCUCAGGGAAGUGGAACAUUGGCUGCCCAACGUCAAGAAUCCAACUUAUCCAAAAAACAGUUUGUAGAAGGAAGUUCCAGCUCGGAGGAUGAAGGAAGUCUUUCUGCUUUACAGAACAAAUUGGAUGCCAUUGGAUCAAAUUUUAAGGAUGGAACUCAGGAUAAGGAGCAAGAGGGAUCGUCGCCGAUUAAAUUUGAAGACUACGUCGUUCAUUCACUGGAGCGACUCCAUCAAAAGAUCGACCUACAAGGAUCAGUUUUAGUGAAAUUGUGUAAUUUCGUUAUGGCACAAAAUUCAAAAAAUCCCAUCAUCUCAAAAUCGCCAAGGCCGGAAUUUAAAUUUCCAGUGGAAAACUUUGAGGAACUUGCUGAAUUGGAGAAAAAAUUAAUGACGUCUAAAUUAUUUUAUAACCAAUUGGUUGGCUUUCUAGCCAUUAUUGGCGGAAAGGAUUACAAGGAGACGAUAGCUGGCAUUCUUCCGUACCUCUUCACGAACGAGUUGGCUGAAAAAAUUGCCUGGGACGGAAUUCGAAAAAAGAAUCCAAAGAAGGCGUUCAAAACGCUCCGGAUAAAACAGGUUUUGUUUGAUGCUGUCCGUCAGAAUCCGCUUGUCAAUCGUUCAGUGACCGACAAGGAAAUGAAGGCAAAAGGAGCUUCAUGGUUUCAGCACGCGACGGAUAGAAUUAAGGCAGCUGCUUUAAAGCGGAACAAAGGAUUGGAGGAAGAAGCUGAAGAGAUUUAGUUAGAAUUCAUUUAAUAUUUUAUGUUAUUGUUAUGCAAUUUCUUAUACAAUCUUAAUUUUGAGAAUGAAUUAAAAUGACUUAAAAUUUAAAUAAUUCAGUCUUGUGUUAAUUUGUGAAGCACUAAACCCUGCGACCAUAAAAAUCAUGUAAGGAUGUCUGGAAGAUAUAAUUCAGAGGAAGUCCCAAAGACGUCUUGGCAAGAUAUCAAUGCGACAUCCGAAAAGCGGACAUUUGUUGUUCAUAAGGAUAUCCUUAUGACCACUGUCGUCCAUGGAAAGAUAUCCUUAGGACCAAUGAAUUUCUUUCAAAUGAUGUCCUUAAGAGCAAAAUAAGGACUUUGGUGGUGGAUUGGGUGGUUAGUUGAUUAAUAGUUCAUUGCCAUGCAUCUUUAAUGAAUUGGCUCAAUGUGAAUCACUUUACACUCGACAAAUAUGUAUAAAUGUCACUUACAAGUACAUACAAGUCGUGUACGUGGUUUUGUUCAAAGAAAAGCACAACAUUUAUUGAGUGGACCUCGUCCCAAAUAAAUUUAUCGGGCCUCUUUGACCCCAGCAGAUUCCAUACAUCUUACAAUUAGUCUGUCUGCAACAUAAUUAAUACAACUCUGUAUAAUGAAAUGUCCAUAUUAAUUUGACCAUGAACUGUAUCUGAUACUGUGAUAUAAUCGCGAAAAGUUACGUUAUUUAGUGCAUGUGGUCGAAAUGGAAUUAAGACUACAGAUAAAUACAUGCAAACUCACAAAAAAGAUUGAGUCUUGUCUGUGGACAGUGGACAUACAUACAUUUCUUUAACAGUGAAUAAGUUUGUAAUCAUUUUAUACAAGUCGAAUUUUCCUCAUAAGUUGGAAACUGGAAAACGUCUUUCCUAACGUUUUAACAAAAAGCAAUGGAAAAUGAGUUGCUAAUUGAAAAAGCAACCGAAGAUGACAUCCCAAUUUUGAAUGAAUUCAUUAACGCGUGCUACAUUGGAAAUGAUGAUAAUGGACCGGAUACGUCGUCACCAGAAUGGACUUCGGUGUCCAAGCUUAUCGGUGGCCGUCGAACAACGCCGGAAUUUUUACUGAAAGAUAUGCAAAAUUUGGACAUCACUAUUUUUAAAUGUACAGCAAAAUCAGAUCUUCAAUUAGUCGCAAGUUGUCGAGCUCACAAUACAGACGAGGAUACGAUUUAUUCUGAAAUGCUUUGCGUGUCUCCGACGUGUCAAGGAAAGGGGGUUGGGAAGCUAAUGGUUGCCAAAGUGGAAGAACUUGGUCGAGAGUUAAAGUGCAAAUAUCAUAAAAUUCAGGUAUUUUCUUGUCGAAAGGGUUUAAUCGAGUGGUACGAGAAGUUGGGUUUCAAAGAGAACGGGAAGCAAAUCCCACUGCCGGGACCUACCGAGAGGGCGUGGUUUAUUAAAAGUGAUGUCACAAUUCUAAUCGAAAUGCAAAAAAGUUUGUGAAUAUCAUGAUUGUUAAAAUACUUCGUUUUUGGUGUAUAAAUUAAUUGUAAAACAUCUGCAAUUCUUAACGCGUCAAAGAUAACAGAUUUUAUCAUUGUUGUAUUUUCAGUGAAAUUAUCGGACGAAAUUCGAUUCCAUUUGACGUUUAUUUAUAAAUCACUUUAUUUUCUUUUUCGCUUUCGAAAUAAAAAUGAUUUCUUCAUUUAUCACAUCAUUGAUAUUCAAGUUUAAUAAAUACUGUAAAGAAAUUCCAC